AUGACCGACUCCUCGGCCCCCGGCUCCAAACGACUGCGGCGAUGGGUCUUCGCGCUGCUCGUUGUCGGCGCCAUCGUAGUGCUAUCCGACGUGCUCCUUACGUGGCAGCUGCUGCCCUUCUCUCCGCCCACGUCGUGGACACGCGGCGGAUCGUCCGCCACGACGUUAGCCACCCACGACGCCGUGGCCCGAGCCAACGACUCUGUGAACGUGGACGGACUCCUUCAGUCUACAUCGACGACUGACGCUGGCGCUGUUGCGGAGCAGAAGACGGCUGGUGAUGGCGCUAUGGCGGAGCAGAAGACGACAGCGCCACAGCAGCUGACUGAGCUGGAGCGAAAGCUCGAGACGAAGUGGCUUUACUCGCUGCUUACGCUAAGCCAGCAGACGAAUAUGCCGCGCGGCAUUGUGAUUCCGCUGUUUGGGAAAAUCAUGACGCUCGGUGUGUCACUGAUUCUGCAGCUGCGGUCUCUUGGUGUGGAGUUGCCGAUUGAAAUUCCCCAUUGUGGCGACUUUGACCAACAGUAUGGAGAAAUACUCAUGACAAAACGGGAGCACUUGGGGGAGCUAUACGUGUACAACGUGUGCGACCGUGCGGCAGCUGCAAAGAGCGUCCUGGACCCCAGCAAGCCGCUGUUCUGCGCUGAUUUGAAAAAGUGCCACGCCCGUUUUCGGGGCUUUUAUGUCAAAGUGCUGGGCGUGCUUUUCUCUCGCUUUGAAGAGGUCAUGCUCAUCGAUGCCGACGCGUUGCUGUUCCAGUCGCUGAUGCCGCUGUGGGAUACGAAAAAGUUCCAAACGACAGGCACUCUCUUUUUCAACGAUCGAAUUGCUGAGCCUAAUUUUCGUAGGGGGCUUGCAUUCAGGCCAGCAAAUCGGCCGAAUAGCAUGGCGAUCGAGAACUACCUGUCCAAAAUGAAUGUCGACCUCUUCCGCCACAUCCCAACGCUUGCACGUCCCAAGGCACCAGCCGACUUGAUUGCCGCCGACAAGUCGAACGCAACGCUACACUAUCAGCCGAGUGAAAACCUCCUUAGAAGUCACUUUUGGCAAGGACGCACUGCGCAUAGUGUGGACUCGUCGGUACUGUUGUGGAAUAAAAAGCGGCAGCCACGUGCCACAGCUUUUCUGGCUUCGUUCGUUUCGCGGAAUGACGUGCCACACCCACCGUCCUACGGUGACAAGGAGUUCUUCUUUGUAGCCUGUGAGCUCGCGGAAAGUCAGUAUGCGUACUCAGACUUUGCCACAGGUUCUGCUGGCUCAGACUUUCGAGAUUACGGUCCAAACAAGUCGGUGGUUUGCGGUUAUGCGUCGCACACCUUUCCGGAGAGAUCUGAGAAUGCUUCUAUCCAGACGUCACGUCUGCUUUACAUGAAUGCGGACGACAUGAUGCGGUACAAGCCCAAGAAAUCACCGAUGUACUAUGCCGCGCCGCGUGCACACGAUUUCUAUCCCGGUUCAUUUAACGAGCGGAAGUUGAAGAUGAGGUGUCCCUUUGACAUCACGGGCGUGAGGUUCUCGGAUGCUGAGGUACAGCAGGUCUACCAGAGGCAACGCUUCUUUAGAAUUGCCAAAGAAUGGGAAGUCAACGCGAACAAAUAUGACAUUGUCGAGCGCAUGGCGGCUGAUGCACUCACGAACAAGGAACUUGACGCAGUCAUGAAUCUGGAAUCAGAAGGUCGACUAAUUGACGACGUUGUUGCCUUCUUGGAAAGCGAUCUUGACAAAGGAGGGCAAGACGAGAAAGUUGAAAAGUAA